AUGGAUGAUUGGGAGGAUAUUAGCAACCCUGUUAAAGUUGCCGAUACAUGGGAGGAUGAGUCUUAUGAAGUUCCAGAUGCAUGGGAUGCUGACGAAAAGCCAAAAGAAGAACCAAAGCCUAAACCUCAGACUUCCAAAAAGUUAACUGCAAAAGAGAGAAUUGCCCAAAAGCAGGCAAAGAAGCAACAGGUUGUCGAUGAAAUGCUUGUAAAGCAGAAGGAAUUAGAAACGCGACAACUUACAGAACGUGAAAGGGAAGAACUGGCUAAGGAGCAGGAAGCCAAUCUUAUUCAGGAUUCUUUUGGCGUUGUUGAUGUUCCUAUCUCGCAGAACAAUGAUUUUGAUUUUAGCAAUGUAUCCACUAAGCAGGACUUCAACGAUUUGUCGGAUAAGCUCGUGGCAAAGUUUAAGAAUCUUGAGGUUUCCCCUCAUUACUCCAGUUUCGCUGAAACGUUCAUUCGUCAAAUCUCCCUUCAAAUGGAGCUUGAUAAUCUCAAAGAACUUUCCACGUCUAUCAGCGCGCUCAUAAAUGAAAAGCAAAAACUAAGUAACAAGAAUAAAGCGAGGAGGAAAGGGCCGAGACCUAAAUUGGUCGUGGAAAGAGGCGUUAAUGAUUUCGACCAAUACAACGAAGACGUUGCUGAUGAAUUCGACGAUUAUUUCUGA